UGCUUCCUCACAUCUCUGACACUUGUUCGUGCUGCAGUGACAAAUGGGGGGCAAUGUACGGGAAACUACAACCUUAUCAAAAUACACAAUCUGUUACGUAUUUAUACCGGCAAAUCGUACGUUAUCUGCAUUCAAAUUGGAAAGAUCUUAAAUACGAUAAUAAAUUUCCUAAAUUCAUUACUAAGCAAUUUCAUAAGAACUUAAUAUGCAAACGCGAAAAUGGCGAUAAGAAGGAGAACGUGCUUAACAUGAACAACAGUCAGUAUUUGGAUUACAUGUACAAAGCAUGGCUCAAGGAUCAGAAAUCUGUAAGCUCCUCAUGGGACUUAUAUUUCAAAUUGAUUCACACCGAAAACUCGGAUUCUUCUAAAUCCAAUUUAAUUCGUGUCAAUUCGUCUCCUAAAUUAAUGACAUCGAACUUGGAAAGAGGACAAUCGAACAAACCACCAGAAAAGCCCGUUCGAAGAAAAUCAGAUAAUCAGAUGCAGGGAGAUAAUCAAUAUAUAAUUGAUGCACUCGAUAUCAAUGCCACGAUUCGCGCGUAUCAAGCACGUGGCCACCUUAUAGCCGACACAGAUCCAUUGGGCAUACAGAAUCCAGAGUCGGCAAAGCUCCAGGGCACUGCAAAUUUGCCGCCGACAAUUGUGGUGCGACAGCAUCUCAAGGGAAUGACGGAAGCGGACAUGAACAGGGAGUUCCCUCUUGCUUCCCUAACUGUUAUUGGUGGUGACAAAAGAAGUUUACCAUUGCGAGAGAUACUGAUAAGACUCAAUAAAAUCUAUUGUGGUCAUUUGGGCCUGGAAUACACAUAUAUUCACGAUCUUAAUGUGUUAGAUUGGUUGAGGGAAAAGUUUGAAAUACCAGGCGCCUGGGAAUUGCCCGCAGACCACCGAAAAUGGAUCUGGAUGAAUAUCAUGAGAGCUGUGAAUUUUGAGAAUUUUCUAGCAAAAAAAUACGGAACGGAGAAGAGAUUCGGCUUAGAAGGUUGCGAAUCGUUUAUAUCGGCCAUGGCAGAGUGCAUAGAAACAUCAGCGUUAAAUGGAGUGGAAACUGUAGUCAUUGGAAUGGCACAUCGCGGUCGUCUUAAUACUUUGGUAAAUGUAUGCUCGAAACCGAUGAGUCAGCUGUUCACUCAAUUUAAUCCGAUUGCACUGGAGGGACUCGGUUCUGGUGAUGUCAAGUAUCAUCUUGGAACAUAUUCGGAAAAAUUGUUAGAGAGAACUAAGAAAAAAGUGCUUCUUGCUAUAAUGGCAAAUUCCUCGCAUUUGGAAGCGAUCGAUCCGGUCGUAGUCGGUCGUGUGCGCGCCGAGCAAGUCGAAAAAGGUGACUCUAAAGAGGGUAAAAGAUCCUUAGCUAUUCUGGUUCAUGGUGACGCCGCUUUUGCCGGUCAAGGUGUCGUUUACGAAACAAUGCACCUCACUAAUUUGCCAGAAUAUACGACGGGUGGCGUCAUGCAUAUCGUAAUUAACAAUCAAAUUGGCUUUACAACCGAUCCAAGAUAUUCACGAUCGAGUGUGCAUUGUACGGAUGUAGCUCACGUUGUUAAUGCUCCUAUUUUUCACAUACAUGCUGAUGAUCCCGAUUUAGUAACUUAUUGCAGCAAAAUAGCCGGCGAAUAUCGGGCCACUUUUCAUAAUGAUGUAGUAUUGGAUAUCGUUGGUUAUCGAAGACAAGGUCACAAUGAAAUGGACGAACCGAUGAUAACUCAACCACUCAUGUAUAAACGCAUAAAAGCUCACCCCAGCGUUCUUUCUAUAUACAGCAAUAAGCUUCUUAAGGAAGGUGUGAUAACGGAGGCUUUUAUAAAAGAAGAAACAGAGAAGUACAUAAGCCAUUGCGAGGAAGAGUUCAGAAAAGCGCAGACCAUCAGCUCGAUGCAGAUGAAUGAUUGGCACGAUGUACCAUGGACAGAAUUCUUCUCGAAUCAGAGUCCGAAACAAAUGGUACCGCCUACCGGUAUCGAUUUGACGACCAUCAAGACAAUAUGCAAUGCUAUAUCUACUCCACCAAAAGAUAUCGAAGCUCAUGUUCAAGUACUGAGAGCGAUGGACAGGCGAGCAAAAUUCAUGGCAUCUCGACAAUUUGACUGGGCAAUGGGGGAAUGUUUGGCUUUUCUUAGUUUAUUAAAAGAAGGUCAUCACGUUAGACUAUCCGGGCAAGAUGUCGAACGAGGCACCUUCGCUCAACGUAUACAUAUCAUUCACGAUCAGAGCAGAGAUAAGGUUUACAAAAAUAUUCUGCACGAUGUUUUUCCCAGGCAAGCUUUAUAUACCGUCACUAAUUCGUCGUUAUCGGAAUACGGAGUGUGCGGUUUCGAGUUGGGAUAUUCGGCAUACAAUCACAACACUCUUACAAUCUGGGAAGCACAAUUCGGCGAUUUUGCCAAUACUUGUCAAGUCAUACUAGAUUGCUUGUUAUGUUCUGGACAAGCCAAAUGGGGCAGACAGGUGGGAUUAGUGUUGUUGUUACCGCAUGGCAUGGAGGCCCAAGGGCCGGAACAUUCGUCUGCCAGAUUGGAAAGAUUCCUUCAGCUGUGCGACGACGAAUGUACUCAUGUGCCUAGAACAGAACCCGGUGCCUCCGCCGGUGAAACUGUCGAGCAGAUCAUGACUAGGCAGCUUUUUGAGAUAAAUUGGAUCGUCUGCAAUCCCUCGACACCCGCCAAUCUCUUUCACCUUCUGCGUCGGCAGAUACUGAUGCCGUUUCGAAAACCGUUGAUUCUUAUGACUCCUAAAUCAUUGUUACGUCACCCAAUGGCAAUAUCGAAUUUCGAGGAGGUGGGCCCAGGUACAACUUUCAGGCAUGUUCUACCGGAUCCUUUCGUGAAAUUCGGAAACGUAAAGAAAGUAUUGCUCUGUACCGGGAAGGUAUAUUAUGAUUUGAUCAUCGAACGACAAGAGAGGCAACUGGAGGAUAAAAUAGCUAUUAUUAGAAUCGAACAGCUUUGUCCCUUUCCAUAUCAUCUUCUCGCGACGGAAAUAGCGAGAUUUCCGGGAGCCAAAAUCAUGUGGCUGCAAGAGGAGCACAAAAAUCAAGGUGCUUAUUAUUACGUGAGAGAUAGAAUAGCCUUGACCUUGGGCAUCCCAUUGGAGGAUGUAAAGUAUGGAGGUCGUCUUGCUUCGGCCGCGCCGGCCACCGGCAGUAAAAUUAUUCAUAAAAGCGAGUACGACAGUAUGAUGGCAAUGGCAAUGAGUCUCGAUUAA